AUGUGUGCAACUACUAAUUCGACUGUUACUACUGCAGGUACUGCUUCUGGUGAUCUAAAUAGCAAUCAUGAAUGUGUUACUUUUGUAUGGCUUGACCUUCGACGAGAAACAACCGGAACUUUUAUCGGUGCACUUCGUUCUAUUAACGAUUGUGUACAAACCUAUACAGAUAUGUCCACCUGUUUAGAUUCGAUUCGAUCUUCUAAUGAGAUAAUUUUCUUUAUUUCAUCAACAAGUAAUGCUGAAUUUCUAGCUGAAUUACAUGACUGUGUAAAUAUCGAAGCUAUUUUCAUACUCGAUCCAGAUAUGAACACUAUUCGAGGAGAAUUACCAAAAAUAACCGGUAUUUUUAAUCAACAAGAAGAACUUCUACGAGUACUUAGAGUAACAUUGGAUACAUUUGAGCAGCUUCAACUGGAAAAAUUCACAUUCGAAACUGAUAAAAUGUUUCUAUGGUGGCAACUAUGGAAAGAAAGCAUAACAGUUAAAAAUUCAGCAUCAAAUUGUAAAAAUGAUUUAGUAGAAAAAGCUCGAGAUUACUAUCGAACGAAUCCAAAACGAUUGAAGAUAAUCGAAGAAUUCGAUAAAGGAUAUCGAUCAAACGACGCAAUUCGUUGGUGUUUUCGUUCAAUAUUUCCAUCACGUCCUUUACGUUAUGCACUCUAUUCACGUAUAGGCGAAUUACUUUCAUCGUAUCAAUUUCUUACCACUAAUGUAAGUCGUAGUAUUCAACAACAAUCAAAACAACCUAAUCAUGGACAACUCUUUCGAGGUAUGAAACUACCAGCUGAGUUAAUCGAUAUGUUUGAAACACACACAGGUCAAUUAGUAUGUGCCAAUGGAUUUUUUAUGUGUAGUAAAAUGAGAAACGUCGAAUUACAAUCAGCAGCAUCACCUGGCUAUCGAACGGAUCUCACAUCUGUUCUAUUUAAAAUUGAUUUUGAUGCAUCCGCUCAUUUCGCCGAAGUUUUAUUGGAGAAUAAUUCAACUAUAAUCGUUUUCGAUGUUGCAACAAGUUUUCGAGUGAUAUGUGUCAAUCGAGGUGCUAUGUCAAUCAUCAAAUUAAAGACUGCUGUUGAAGACGGCAAAAAAGUAGCAUCACAAUAUAAGGAAAAUAAUAAAGGAAAAACUUUACAAGUAUUACUUGACGAAUUAUCAGCUCCACCAAAACCACCGACACCGCCUAAAAUUGAAGUCAGGAAAGAACCAGAUCCCGUUAGUAAUUCACAAAUAUCUGAAGAAGAAUUGCAAGCAAAAGCAUAUUUAGAACGUGGAGAUAUUGAUCGAGCUAUCAUGGCUUAUCGACGAAUUCGACCACUAACAGUAAGAAUUCUUAAAAUAAUUGGACAGUUAUCUGCCGAGGAAAAACAUGAUUAUGAUACCGCAAUUGAAUGUUAUGGACUGGCACUGAAAAUGCAAGAUGAGACGGAUGAAAAUUUGCCUGAUACACUUUUACGGCUUGGUAUAUGUUAUUAUCGAUGUGGUAAAUUUGAUUUGGCAAUAAAUUGUCAUACGCGUGCAUUAUCGUUGUAUGAAUCUGCUCGGCGACGCGAUACGGCUUCGAUGAUUGCUUGUCUUACUACUAUUUCAUGUUCUCAUCGAGCUCGAAAAGAAUUGAAUCAAGCUCUUGAUUAUGCACAACGAGCAUGGACGUUGUGCGAAUCCAAUGAAUCUAAAAAUGAUAUAAUUGUAGCCACCAGUUUAGCUUCACUAGCAAGUAUUCAUCAUGAUCUUACUGAUGAUGCUCAAGCAUUGAAAUUAGGUACAAGAGCUUUGGGAAUUUUUGAACGUACUCGUUCAUCAAAUCCAUUUCACAUAGCCGAAUUAUUGAAUACACUCGGCAUGAUAAAGAUGAAUUUAGGUGACUUACCUGAAUCACGUCAUUAUUUUGAACGUGCAUUAAAAAUAUACUCGAAUAAAGCACCGUUAGGACAAUCAGAAAAAGUACAAGUGGAGAAAAAUCUUGAAUGUGUACUUGAAAUGCAACAAAAUACCGACAAGUUACAACAUUAUUCUUAA